AUGUUAACACUUUUCGUUCUAAGCUUGGAUCAGAGUUUGAAAUGCUUUUUUGAUUUGUCAUCAGAUGGGGCAUCAAGUGCAGUGGCAGGUGCGGCAGUAGGGGUGCCUCUGUCCUGGGAACCAUUUUACUGUGUGCUGCAGCAGGACCGUCGUAUCCUCACAGCCUACACCAGUGAAGAGCUUGCCGCCAAUAAUAAUGGUGAAUACUCAUCGCGAAGCUUGCCUCGAGUGAGGUUAGACAACGGAACUAACGUUGGCAAUGCUGGUGUAAGACUCCGAUGUUGGGCCGCACCUCCUUCAAUCACUGAGGAAGAAGUUGAAGAUGAAAUCGAAGAAGACGCGGUGUCAUUACGAGCGACUCCUGCACAAGAUUCAUUGCACUGCGCCAGCAGAAGGGCGCGAACCGUGACGCGCCCGCGCGCACCCGUCGCCAAUUGA